AUUCUUGAUUUGAAUUUCAUUUAACAUAACUCUUUGCCGCUUCCUUCCUCAUUCAAGGGUAAAUUUUAAUUUUAAAAGGGGGGUCAUCUGAAUGAACAUGUGCACUACGGUUCAGAAAAUUAUGAUCAAGAUUAAAUCAACAUGUAGCCAGCUGAACAUGUUUAUAAAGCACGUUGCUAUGGCAACGCAGACGCGACAAUCAAACGUGGUUCAUAAAAACAUCCAAAUGAUACCAAUGUGAUUUUUUAUUUUUGCUAAAAUGGUGAAAUAAUAUGGCUAAUUAUUACGUAGCGUAUACGAAAAGAAUUUCUUUCAAGUAUAAAGCGGCUCUGCGAUCAAAUGUAACGGUAUUUCUGGUGUUAAAUUCAAUUUUUUGUUUCCUUUUGCCUUUCAUAUUUGCAUACAGUAGUAAUGGAUUUUGGAUUAAAGAAAAUUCUUUCCGAGAACAACCAACUGUUAAAUUCAAGUAUCAAUAUCUGAUCAUCUUGGAAGCGAAAAAUGCCAACUCUCAUUUUUCACUGAUAUGUUCAACGUAUCAAUAUUUGAACUCAAAAACUCCUUACGCCGAUAAUUGUUCAUUGAUGAAAGUAAUUGAAAUAGAUGAAAAUGAAGAUGGUAAAAAUGAUAAGAUGAAGAUGACAUUGCACAUCACCAAUGUAUCAUCUCUCGAUAUUGAUUCUUUCCAUUUGAUCUUAAUUUUUGAUUACAAAUUACAUGGCGAAUGCAUAUUAUCGAUGGAAGCGAUGACAACUGCAUCGUAUAUAUUUUCACAGCCUAUUGGUAGGCUUGAUAUUAUUUCUGAACUGAGAGCUGAUUUUAAAAAACCGAUGAUUUGCCAUGUAAAACAUCAUAAGCAAAAUCAUACCUCAAUAUUGAGCGGAAUUUCUGAGCAGAAGAAUCAUAUCGAUGCCAUGUAUAAAAUCGCAUCUCAUUAUGCUUCCAAUAAUAUGAACGUGCAUUUGAAAAAAGUUUAUUACUCGAAACGAUUCAAAUCGGAAACAGCUGCUAAUGAGCCUGUAAUUAUAACAGCCGAUAUCCAUUACGGUGAACAAGAGAUAAUCUAUAAAACACGAUUUUGGCAACUAAUCAAGUGGGCCUGGGUACAAUACUUUUCCAUAUUGGCGUUGUUUAUAUUCCUAUCGCGUAAAAUAAAGAGAUUCGUUUUUCAAAAUAGAAUAUUAAAAACGAUUAAAAUUAACCCUAUGGACGAUUAAUGUUCGUUCGUUGCAUAUCAACAUCGCAUAA